AUGGAGAUAAAGCAUCCAGGAGUUGGUCGUUGUAAAUGUGCGUUUUGGUUUGCUGUUUUUCAUGACAUUUUUGGACUUUUUGUCCUCCUGGUUGGUGUGUUUUGGGACAUCUUUUUCCAUGACUUUUUAAUUUACGCCGGGGCUGUGAUUAUUUUCCUGAGUCUGAUCUGGUGGGUGUUUUGGUACGCUGGUAACAUUGAAGUGCCUCCUGAAGAGCUGGAGGACGACAUUGCUCAAUACAAACGCGCUAAAGGAAUUUCAGGCGUUAUGCGUAAAGUCUCCAGCAGUCUUUCCAAUGGAUUGAGGAAUUCCUUCAGGAGAAGUGGAAGAAUCAACGCUCAGGCUGAAGGCUCUCAGCCAAACAGCACGGCCAGGGCAGAUCGACCUGUUGCUAUUGCCAUGAGCUCCUAUCUGAAUACACCACCUCCUGGAACGACCAACCAUCUGAACCGAGAUCCUUUAGUGAUAUAA